CUUCCCAAAUCGCGCUUUAGUAGUCUCUCCGGGCAUUAGGACUGUAUCCUAGGAAAAAAUAGGAAAAAAAACUUGUGCAGGGCAGCAGGAGGCCGCUCGUAUCCUUCAACGAUUGUUAGCUCCCUUCACUCGUCGGAGUGCUUGUUUUCUCCUCGUUGCUUUUCAAAUGGAUUUCUCAUCGUGGAUUCGAAAAGCUCUUUUAAAGGAAAACAAAUUAGACCCAUCAAACCCUAGUUCUUCUCAAACUGAACCGAAUCUCAAACAAAGAAAAGUUAAAGAAGCCGAAGAAGAAGAAGAACUUGGAGUAACUGAUGAGUUAAAAGACCUUGUGAAGUCAUUAAGUGCAGAAACCUUCAAGAAUUUCCCACUCCAACAAGAUGAUAAUCGGGUUAGAACUGUUAACGGGUCUGAUAAUAUACAGAAAGAUCUCAGUGAAUGGCAAGAACGUCAUGCUAUGCUUGUUCUUACUGAAGUCAAGGAAAUUUCACUGCUUAGAUAUGUUCUUUGCCCACGGUACUUAAAAGAUAGACAAUUUUGGCAAAUAUACUUUAUGCUUGUGAAGAACCAUGUAUCUCCAUUUGAGCUGCGUGCUAUAAGAAAAGCAAAACUCAGAAGGAUGGCAAUGGAUGAUGGAAACCUGGUCAAGAGACCUGCAUAUGAAGUAGAGAUGGCAGAGGCGAAACAAUCUAGGAGGUCACUACCUUCGGAGAGGAUGUAGGCUCAGUAUGAUAUACACAAUGGUGAUGGGAAGUUGAGACAUGGGGAGGAUACCGUUCAAGUUGAGACAUGGGGAGGAUACCGUUUCCAAGAAUACAAAUUUAUUCAUUCGUAUUUCUACAUACUCGUGUGUUUUAUGCUAUUAUCCUUCGUCUACCUCUAACAUUAAAAUUCCUGACAGAAAGCAAAGAAGAACCAGUUGCCU